CCGGACCAUUGGCGGCAUCAGUAGCAUUUCAGCGGCGGUGCGCUUUACAACCAACUCGGAUCGGCAUCGGCAUACAAGGCGCUAUAUAACCGCGAUUAAAUCGUGAUUGCGAUCGGAUUCAAAAUCGGGAUAGGAAUCGGUUUCGGAAUCGCCAGCGCAAUCGCAAUCGGGGAGCUGGCCAGGCAGUAUAAUUGCAGCAAUUUAAUGUGGACGCUGAACUGCUGACGCUGUACAUACUUUUCUGUAUUUCUGAAUUUCUGUUUUGCAACCGGAGACUGCGCUUUAAUCGCCAGAACGUUUAGCGAAUUCGCAAAGUUUCCCAAAAUAAAAAACAUAAUCAGCUCCGGUAUUGGGUUACCCGACAGUAUGGUUUCCUAGUAGUGACUGACAGGGAUCGAAAGAAUCCCCGGCACCGCCCCCCACCGCCAUUAAUUUCGAAGCGAUCUGAUCGACUUUGAUCUAACCCGAAGGCAAGGUCGUUCGAGGUUCAUUCAAGCAUACAAGCAAAUUGGUUAUCUGAGCAGCUUAGAAAACACGGAUCAUCGAGAGCGGUUCGGUUUCAAUUUUCGACGUUUCGGCUUCUUCGGUUUCUUGUCUCCCACAAAAUAAAAUUUAUUGAAGACGCGGAAGGACCAACAAUACCAAAAAAAAAAAAAAAAAAAACGUUUAAAAAUGUGCCUUUAACUUGGUAUCCAAUGUGCCGCAGCGAAUUUAAGACACGGACUAUUAAUAUUCAGUGCGGGUCCGAAAAUGUCAAUCACUUGAUUACAAACGACAAACAAAAUCAGUGGAGUGCUCGAAUUCGGGUUGCAUAAAUAAGGCGACCACAUGGAAAGUUAAAAAUUAACAGUCCGACUGUGAAGAUACGACGAUUUUUCACCGGAGUUCACAUCGCAGCUCUUUUCAACCAUUCAAAAGAAAUGGCUUCCACAAGUAGCAGUAGUCAGCCGGAGAAGAACCGCUCCACACAGAUCCCGCUCGGCCGCCUGGGAACGGAUCCGAUCAGUCGACGGACGAGCUCCUCGGUGGAGGAGGAUCCCAGUGGGCAGGGGCAGAGGAGGGAAUGCUACUACUGCGCCCCAGCUACAGUUACCUCCCCCCCGCACCACCAUCGCCUGAAGCAGCAGCAUCAGCAGCAGCAGCAUCAGUACCAACAGCACCACCAUCACAGCCACCAGCAUCAGCAUCACCACCGGCAUCAUCAUCAUCAUCAUCAUAGGCGGCAGAAGAAGCAGCAAGAGCAGGAGGAGCAGCAGGAGAACCAGCAGAUCCAGCAGCACAUCCAGCACCACCAGCACCACUGGCCAUCGCGAGUGGCCGGUCCGAUUGGUCUUUGGCUGGGCGCAAUGACCGCCUAUCGACUGCUGACAAUCAGCCUCCUAAUUGGCAUUCUGUGUCCACAUCACGUCCACGGUGCGGACCCCAAGUUCGAUCCGACCACGCGCAUGCGCCUGGUUCUGGUGCCGGCGGACGCACAGGUCAACUCGGUAAUCUACAGGUUGCGUGCCACCGACGAGGAGUUCGACUAUCCGCUGACCUUCGAGUUCGUGGGCGAUGCCAGCGCCUCCACCGUCAAGGUGGAAUCGCUACCCUGCACCAAGUACAACUCGGUCUGUCAGGCGAACAUCGUGCUCCAGCGCCGAUUGGAGCCGGGACGCUAUUACGACUUCCAGGUCUCGGUGAAGGACACCAAGGGCGGCAUGACCACGCAGCUCUGCUCAAUUACGGCCACCAACUUCACCACGCCGCACGACCUCAUCUUCCCGCACAAGCCCGGCAUCAUAAUGAUCCCCGAGGAUGCUAAACGCGGCACGGAAUUGGAUUAUGUAAUUGCCCGCAAGAAUCCGCUGUUCCAGAAACCAGUCUACCUCGAGUUAUGGGGUUCUCCGUUGUUUGCCAUAAGACAGAAAAUCGUAUCUUCCGAGACGACAGAAGGCACCGUUUUCCUCCUAGGACCAUUAGACUUUGAGAAGCAAGCCAUGUACCACCUAACGAUACUAGCCAAUGAUGCCUAUGCCGAACCUGGCCAGGAUAGUCGCAACAUAGCGGGAAUGGAGAUCGUGGUCAUUGUCCAGGAUGUUCAGGAUCAGCCGCCGGUCUUCACUUCUGCUCCACCAGUCACCAAACUGCCACCUGGAAUACUGCCAGGCGAUAAGAUACUACAAGUCCAUGCAGAGGAUGGCGACAAGGGAAACCCCCGUGAGGUUCGCUACGGCUUGGUCUCCGAGAACAAUCCGUUCACAUCGUUUUUCGAUAUCAACGAAACAAGCGGGGAGAUCUUCCUGAUGCGACCCCUCGAGGACAUCGCCUUCAUCACGCAUGUGGGGGAUCCGGUGCUGCUCACCGUAAUUGCGGAAGAGGUUAAGGUGGGUCGUGACGAGCCGCCCGCACUGGCCUCCACGGUCCAAUUGGCGUUCUUUCUGCCCGAUCGCACCAAUUCGCCGCCGUACUUCGAGAACGAUCACUACGUCUCGAGGGUGGACGAGAACGCCCCACAAGGCACCGCACUGACGUUCGUUGAUCCCUACGUGCCGCGGGUCUACGACGAUGAUACGGGCAAGAAUGGAGUCUUCUCGCUGACGCUGCUCAACAACAACGGCACCUUCGAGAUCACUCCCAAUGUGGCGGAGCGGAGUGCCGGGUUCCUCAUCCGCGUGAGGGACAAUUCCUUGCUGGACUUUGAGCAGCGACAGUCGGUGGAGUUCCAAAUCCUCGCCCAGGAACUCGGACCAGCCACCAAUCUCUCGGCGCUUGUAAAUGUCACUGUUUACAUCAACGAUGUGAAUGACAAUGCACCGGUUUUCGAACAACCCGCUUAUUCCGUGGAACUCCCUGAAAACAUGACAGCGGGUACCAAAGUGGUUCAGGUGUUAGCCACAGAUCCUGAUUCCGGUUUGGGUGGCAAAGUGCGUUACACGGCCAUUCUGGGUUAUCUUAAUACCUCCUUGAAUCUCGAUGCGGAAACGGGACUCAUUACGGUCUCGACCAACAAACACGGUUUCGAUCGGGAAGUCAUGCCGGAGUAUCAUCUCUACGUGGAAGCUCGAGAUAUGGAUGGCGAAGGAAAUCGAGUGCAGGUUCCCCUAAUCAUCAAAUUGAUCGAUGUGAACGAUGAAACGCCCAUCUUCGACAAGGAUCUCUACGAAUUUAUACUCACACCCGAUCUGAUGGGCUUCACCACCACCGCAGUGAUCCACGCGGAGGACAAGGACGCCACUGCUCCAAAUAACGAAGUGCGCUACGAGAUCAUAAAUGGCAACUACGACAAUCAGUUCGUUUUGGACAAAGUCACCGGUGAGCUGACGGUCAAGGAGAAGAUCCACCUGCGUUCCAAGAAGAAUGCCAAGACGAGAAGAAGGCGACAAGCGGGUUUGGAUAACGAGGACACGGAUAUCUUCAUCCUGACAGCCAGAGCCUAUGAUUUGGGGGUUCCAGUUCGCUUCUCCACCACCACAAUUCGAAUUUAUCCGCCGGAGAGCAGAAAGCGAACCAUGACCUUCUUGGUACCGGGUCACAAUCCCGACAGAGCGAAGACCGAGGAAACCCUUUCGACCAUCUCGGGUGGCAAGGUCUACAUCCACAACAUUCGACCUUUGCGACCCGAUGAGCUGACAGGCACGGAAGUGUCCACGGGAAAUCCGGCAAUUAAGGAGCGAAGUGCCGUGACGGCCACUGUGAUUUACGACAGCUCAUCGGUGGUGGACAUAUCGGAGAUCCAGAGGCGGUUCUCCCAGUACAACAACUCGUAUGCCGUCAUGCCGCAGGACUCCUCGGGAACAGAUACCCUUACCCCCUUGCAGACUCAGUACAAGGCCGAGAACAAGGUGCUCUUCUGGCUGCUCAUCCUUUUGGCCACCCUGGUUGCACUCACCAUCUUGAUUCUGCUGCUUUGCUGCAUCUGCUCCUGGUGUCCACUUUACGGAGCAGCCACCAAAAGAAUAGUUAAUAUCAGUAGAACUGAAGACGAUGUGCAUCUAGUGCAUAGGGAAAUGGCAAAUGGAAAACAAACAAAAUCUGUUCAGGUCGCCGAGUGGAUGGGAAGACGCGACGCCUGGUCGGCGGAGAAACCUCCAGAUACCCGAACGAAGCCCACCCGCUGGGAGUUCCACGAUGGACGUGAGCAGCUUGACGAAGACGUAGGCAGGAGCCAGGACAUCGGCGAGAGGCGUCACAUCCAGUCCGCCGAGGAGCAGCAGCGACGUGUUCGCAUCAAGAAUAACCGCACAGCCAAAGACGAUCUUCAUCUGAAUUUCCACAACUCUAGGACUAAUCUGAUCAACGACCGUGACGUUUACAUGGAGGAUGUGAUUGAGAACCGGGACGUGGAUGAUAGGGAGCACAUAACCAGGACCCGGGUAAACCGGCAGGAGUACGGACGAAGGAAGCAAUACGAUUCGGAGGUGCGGCACAUCGACGAUGAUUCCAUGCGGAGGCACGAGAUUGAUCGAGGCAGCGACAUCGACUUCAACACGGCUCACAACAGUCUCAAAAGCAAAAGGGAGCUGUUUAUCAAGGAUGGAAAUGUGGAGAUCCUGCAACUGAUGACCAGGGAUAAGACCAGGGAUGGCUUGAAUCUGGACGACGACAAUAUCUACGUGAAUGUUCCCCUAAAACCUGCGGGUAAUCUCUCCCAUCCUCAGCUCCUAAUGGUGGAUAAUUCCGGUAAGGAGAUCCUGAUGAGGAGGUUCAUCGAAGAGCAGCCGGAUGGCAAGCAGAUCAUCAGGGAGCACUACCAGAUAGUUCCUGGGGCCACGUACAUCCAAUCCAUGCCGAACGAGGUGCAACAGGGAUCAACACUGAAGGGCGAUACCUUCCCAUUGGGAAAAUCGGGACCAAAUAGCAUAGUUUACUCGCAAUUAGAGCCGGAGGUGAAGGUCAUACACACACAACCCGUGCAGGCAGCUGAAGGGGUAUCCUUGGAGCAGCAGAUGCAGCCGGCGGUGUCCAAUCAGUCACUCACCCACGAACUGGAGAACUCGCUCAAGCAGCAGAACGCUCUCCUCAGGCAGAUCCUCAUGGAGAAGGAGAAGCUGGAGAACGCGUACACCCAGCACGAAGUUGCCCUGGAAACGCAGAGUCUUCCUGGUCAGUCGAUGGCCAUUGGAACUCAGACGGAUUGCGAUGCUGGGACACAAACAGAGGGAUUGGAUUCCGCCCUAGAUCCAGAGAUUCUCCACGGAAAACCCUCCCGCCGAAGAGCCCGCAGUGAGAAUGAUGAGUCCAUGUCCGAGGAUGGUUACGAGUACGUCCGCUUCAAUCCGCCAAAUAGUCCGGAAGGAGUUUACUGGAUCAAGCGACGCAGGACGAAAAAACGUCCGAGGCAACCACGUAAGAGAAUUGUGAUGGUGGAGGAGGUGAAGCGGAAGAUAAGGACGCCCAUCAAGGAGGAGGAGGAAGUGCAGGAGCGGAAGAAGCGAGUGCCGCCGAAGAAACCGCUUAGGGAAACCAAAACGAGCAUCCUACGAAAGCAAUUAAGUGACGAGAGCCGCAAGGAUCAUUCCCGAAAUGGGGAGAGUCAAACGGGCAAUCGCCGCAGAUCCGAAUCGGGAAGUAGAGAUCGGGAGAUGAUAAUCGAAAUCACCGAUUCCAUGGACGAACUAGCCAGUCCAGAAUCUCAUAGCAUUCGCAAGGUGCAGGUGGAUAAGUACUACAAGCACUCGGAUGCCGACUUCGAUGAGGACGACACGGAGUACUCCAUCGAUUCGGAUGGGGAUGAGAUCGUAAUCAGGACCAACUACCCCAUUCGCAGCCAGGAGAACCACAGAUACCGCAGGGAGGAGAAGAUUUAUGCAGAGCCGGAGCAAUCGGUAGAUCACAAAAGGCCAGCGAGGAAAACUUCUCCCACGGACUCUCAACCGGAAGCCAUGCCGCGAUUAUCCAGGCGAGAUAGUUCCAAACGGAGCACCAGGAAGCAAACCUCCUCGGAACCACCGCACAACCGGGUGUCCAUCUCGAAGUACGAGUCCACGGUGACGGAGAACGGAAAGAAGCUGAUGACCUCCUCCACGGAAAUCGUAGGUUCAAAGCGGUCCCUAACCGAUCGCAGUUACCAGAGCGAAACGGAGUUGGCAGCCCUCGAGCCGGAGGAACGCAAUGUGCCCAAGUACAUGGAGUGGUACUACAACAAGAAGAAGUCCUCCGUGAGUGGACGAACCUCCACGGAGUCGUCCAAGUCCCAGCCAUCGAUCAAGAAGAAGGUGGGAGCUGCGGAGAAGCGCGUUUCGAAGACCAGGAUCACUGUGCAUCCCAAGGAGGCGGAGGAUGAUGAGGAGGGUGGUAAUGGCAAGUACAAGCCGGAACCUGCUCCCCGGAAAUCCCCGCCGAAGGGAAGCCGGAUGCUGAAGGAGGAUCGAGCGCUGAACAAGCAGCACAAACCAAAAAUCGAGACUGACACGAACCACCCACUCCUCCAGCACUCGGAGCACCGAUUCGAAAGGGAGAACGCCUUGGAGGUGCCAGCUGCACCCACCAAACUGCCGCACUACAUGUACCCCGAAACUCCGCCACAUGCAGCUGCCGCCGGAAAGGAUUCCAAGUCCAGCAAGGACCAACGACCCAAGCCAUCGCCCAUCCGGGAAAACGAGGUCAAGGUGUCCAACUCGAAGAUCAACGUGGAGAAUCGCGGGGCGGCGAAUCCCACGCAGAAGCAGCUGAAUGCCUCAACCCUGGAGGACGACCACGAUUCGGGGAUUGCCAUGAACUCACUGCUGAACAGCUUGGGACGCCGCAAUCCCAUUGCCGAGAAGAAGAGCGUCUUCUCGAUCGCCUACGACGAUGUCAGCCGGGUGAAGAAGAUCAACUCGGGCGGCGAGUCGCCGCAGUACUCGUAGGACCGAUGACUCCAAGCCACUCCAAAACCCUAAGAGAAAUAGGAACAAUCAUAUGUGAUAGCCUCAAAGGCUCCCUACCUGCGAAUCAUCGAACCAACACUAUCUGCAAUACUGUAUAAUAUACACCAAAAGCCAGCUUGUUAGCCCAUUCGUAGUCUACGGUUGAGUUUGAUGUUGAUCAUGAUCUUGAUAAGUUCGUUCAACUCGUUUCCGUGCACCGAAGAAAGUACGUUAGGAUCCGGAUCGGUUAGCAGCCUUCAUUUUACCCAUAAGCCGACAGAUGUAGUUCAAAGUUUUAUAUUUAACGUUAUACCUAGAAAUGUGGCAUGGAUCGUUGCAGAGGGGCUUUCCUCCAAAGGAUAAGACAAUUCUUCGAUUUUUUUGGAGGAUAUAAAUAUGCCAUGCCAUGUCGCCAACGUAUUCAACUCUAUCCUAUAUGCAUAAUUAACUGGACUACGUAUGACCAAAUUUGUUAGGAGUAUUUAUACGGAUUAUGUUUAAUGGAUCUUUGUACAUACAUACAUUUGUAGUUAUGGAUAUCCCACAAGUCAUUACCAAGUGCUUUCCUACCCGAAACUUGUGCAAAUGUGUAUGUACAUAAGCUAAUGUAUAUUAUGCAGUCGAACAAACAGAUGCCUGCCAUAUUGAAAACACUUGCAAAUAUAAUCUAAUAAAUCUAAAGCGAGUUAUUGUAAAUACUUAAAUAUAAGCUUAUUUGAAUAAAUCAACUUAAUCACA